AUGAUGGUGUUGCAGUUUGGGUUUGUUCCACUGGAGACGUAUGCUGAAGGGCUGAUGGUUGGUGUUGAUGGUUUAGUCAGGAGGUGCAACACCAUUUUGGGUAUUUACAUUAUAGUGGGUUGGUCUGCUAUGAGAAGUUUUGGUAAAGAUUGUAUUACAGCAUCUCUAUUUCGUGAAUAUCUAGUAAUCGUCGUGUUUCGGGAUCCUCUACUGUUCCAUGUUGUUCUCGAAAGCGUGUCAAUCUCUAUGUUGUGCGGAUAA